UUAAAAAAAGUGGCCACCCAUUUCGACUACUUUGUAAAAUCUGGGACUGUUUCUCUUAUUUACGCAGAAGACUGCGCGUCAUUAUAUAACUAUAAUAAUAAUAAUAAUAAUAAUAACAAUUGUUUCUGUUUAUCUAUAAUGCACCAGCACUUAAAGCACAUAUAGGAUUAAAUUCUAUGUUAAAAAUGUGUUAGUUUUAAAAGAAUGGAAUCGUUUCGAAAGGACAUGUUCUAGAACUCAACAAAAUGACAAAAUGGAGAUUGUCAGCAACUAGAGGCUUAACUUUGCUUUCAUCCAAUCAAAGCAUGUUUUAAGAAAGUCAGAUUCUCCAGAAAUAAAAUGAGAAUGACUUUCCCCAUGUCUCGUAAUGCGCAAAUGGCACUCUGUUUCUUAGGAGUAAUAAAUUUCUUCAUCUUAUCAUUGACAUCAUAUCUUGCUCUCAAAAGUUUGCCGUCAGUCAGAACCGUAUCAGAUGGUGUCCUGAAAGACAGUCAAAGUGAUGGGACACAGAAUCCAACUACAUUUAACCCGAUUCUCUGGGCUAAGCUAAACCGGAUCUCCCAUGAGCUGAAUGUAUCUGGAGUGGCGACAGACGGGGCGCUCAUCUCUGGUGAUGCCAUCAUGUCAUUCGUGUACGUCAUGCACAACCCAAGGCUCUGUCAGGGCGUUGACGUCGUCGACUUCAUUAUCAUCGUACACAGCGCCCCGGCCAACCUCGAAAGGCGGAAGCGUAUACGGGAGAGCUUCGCCAAUGAGUCACUGUUUCUGCCUUUUCACGUUCGUGUUGCCUUUCUCCUAGGUCGGACCACGAACCAAACUCUGGAUGAUCUAGUACGUAAGGAGCAUCUCGUGAACAACGACUCCGUCGCUGGUGAUUUUAUCGACAGCUACCACAACCUGACCUUUAAGGGGGUCAUGGGCUACCGUUGGGUCAGCGAGCACUGCCGCAACGCCAAGUUCGUGCUCAAAAUAGACGACGACGUCAUCGUCAACACGUUUGCGCUUCUGCAGUCAUUCUACAAGCACAUGAACCGAAAGAGAUCCAUCUUCUGCAACGUGUGGCAAGCUAACACUAUGGAGAUUCUGCGCCAAGGCAAGUGGCAGGUGUCAGACCACAUCUUCCGCAACCACCACACCUUCCCUUACUCCUACUGCAGCGGUUUUGUUGUCAUCCUUACCACGGACUUGAUGGCGCCAUUGUCCCAGGCGGCAAGACUCACCCCAUUCUUUUGGAUUGACGACGUGUACCUAUUCGGAAUGCUGCCCUACGUUGUAGGCGGAGUUACGUUUCACCACUACUGCCUUGACCAAUUCCUCAGCCUGCAGGAACAAGUUCUGAUGCGCUGUUUAAACACUUCGAACAUUGAGUGCUCUGUUUUUGCAUCUGUCGUACGUGACAAUUCUUUCUGGUUCGUCUGGGAUAUGAUUUUACAUAAACACAAUAGCAUGCCUUGGAGUAUAGAAACAGAGCUCGUUGUAUGAGGGCGAUACAUAUAUAUAAGUAAUUUAUUUCCAUUAUUUCGUUUGUUAAAAUAAUAGUUUUUAUAUAUAAUAAUAUUGUCAUGCUUGAUAAGGCAUCGCAUCCAGCGAAAUUGCUAUUCCAGGCCAAGAUAGGGUUAGAUGUUGGUCAGAAAGAGCUUCACAUGUAGAACCAUAUUUCUUAAUACUGUAAGAUUUAUUGCCUGUUUCCUAUUAAAAAGAAAACAUAAAUUGAUUACCACUAAUUAA